AUGAAAAAUUAUUUUAUUUGUAUUUUAUUUUUAUAUAUAUUUUUAAAUAGUAGUAUAAUAAAAGCACAGUAUAAUUAUAAUCAUGUAUAUUAUAUCAAUGGUACAGGAGAUGAUAUAUCAAAUUCUUGCACAGAAGAUUCACAAUGUUAUUCAAUAGACAAAGUUGUAUAUGUUUUUUUACAAGAAAUAAAUGGAUAUUAUUAUUAUAGCAACUAUCCACCCUUAACAAUAUAUAUGGGCGAAGGAGCAAGUGUGUUUUCAAAUGUAGAUUUCAGACCAUCAUAUCCAUCUUCAUCUUCUUCCUCAUACUCUUCUUCACCAAUUGGUCUUUAUGGUUUCAACUUUACCCUUAUUGGAACAUCUGAGGGUGGGGUUGGAUUAAUAAAUAAUAAUUCAUUCCCAUUCUUUUCAAUCGAAACAGACUUUCAAACAAAACAAACUUAUCUUAAUUUUAUCAACAUAAAUUAUGGUGCUUUUGGUAAUGCACAGUGUUUAUCAUCAAAUGCUGCAAAUAGCACUUCCAUUACUGACUCGGCAGAUUUUAUUGAGUUAUCAGCAUUAUAUAAUGUCCUAGUAAAAGUUACAUUUGAAAAUUUUACUUACUCCUGUAAAUAUAAUGACAAGGCUUUUAUCAUGGUACAAGGUGAACCAAACCCAGAACAAUCAGCAUCAGAAGAUUGGACAACUUUUAAUACAGCAUAUAGUUUUCCAUCUACACUCUACAGCUUUUCAUUUAUAAAUUCAGUAUUUCAAAAUAGUUUUGGUUCAGUUUCUCUCGAAUUAGCAUCACCAAUUUUAAACUCUACCUAUUGUCCAGUAACAUUAGAGUUUAUUCAAUCAAGUCUUUCAAGUAAUGUUCAACCACAAUCACCAUUAUUUUUAAUGGGAAGAGGACAAUUAAUAGUUGAAAAAAGCAAUUUCUUUGCAUCACCUGAAACCUCAUCAAAUUGUUAUGAACCUAUUUUUCAAAUGGGUAAUGUAGAGGUUUAUUUUAACGAUAAUCAGGUUUCAAUGUGGCCAGUCCAUCAAAGUACUUUAAUCAAUUGUGAUGGUUGCUUUUUUACAGGUGUCUCUAACAAUAUAUCAUCAACAUUCUUUAGCUCCAAUCGAUCAUGUGCUUCAGAAAACCAAUCAUUAUUUUCAUUCUCUAGAUCAUCCUCUACCAUUUUGAAUUCAAAUAUAACAAUGGACGAGCUUUAUCCAAGUACCAUCAGUGCAAAACCAAAUUUAAUUUAUGCUUCACAAUCUCAAAUUUCUCUUAGAAGCAAUUAUAUAAGUUCAACUAUAGGCUCAGCAUUAAAUUAUCAAAGUGUAAAAUCGUUUAUGUUUUCAAAUGUUUUCUCAAGUAAAAGUUUUAAUCCAUAUGUAAAUUGUGACAAAAACUAUCAAAACAGUUUCAAUGGCGAUAAAUUCUCAACAGAUAUUGGUAGUAAUCAUGGUAGUAAUUGUAACUCCUUUGUACAAAAACAAAAAUUACAAAACGCUUUCAUUUUCUCGGCCAUUGGUGUUGGGGGUACUUUUGGAUCUUUAUUAUUUUUAUAUAUUUCAAGAUAUAUCAUUAGACGUUGCAGUGGACCAAUAGAUGACAAUGAAAAGCAUAAAAUAAUCAGUCGUUAUUAA